AUCCCUUCUUCCCCAAAUGCCCACUUCCCACUCUCUCACUCUCACUUUCUCUUCUCUUUUCAGUUAUUGCUUUCAACCAAAAAAAAUGGCUACAACGGCGAUUCUCCUCUGUAUUGCAUCUCUUAUCUCUACAAUGUGGUCGGCUACUGCGAGAAUCCCCGGCGUCUACUCCGGCGGUCCUUGGGAGAGUGCUCACGCCACCUUCUACGGCGGCUCCGACGCCUCCGGCACAAUGGGUGGGGCUUGUGGGUAUGGGAAUUUGUACAGCCAAGGCUACGGCGUGAACACGGCGGCGUUGAGCACAGCGCUAUUCAAUAAUGGGCUGAGCUGUGGUGCCUGUUUCGAGAUUAAAUGUGCGAAUGACCCGAGAUGGUGCCAUUCGGGCAGCCCUUCGAUUAUGAUUACGGCCACGAACUUCUGCCCGCCUAAUUUUGCUCUGCCCAGUGACAAUGGCGGUUGGUGUAACCCUCCUCGGCCACAUUUCGAUUUGGCGAUGCCUAUGUUCCUUAAAAUCGCCGAGUACCGCGCUGGUAUCGUCCCCGUCGCCUACCGCCGGGUGCCAUGCCGGAAGCAAGGGGGGAUACGUUACACAAUCCACGGGUUCCGGUACUUCAACCUGGUUUUAAUCACCAACGUUGCAGGUGCAGGGGAUAUCGUGAAGGUUAGCGUGAAAGGCACGCGCACAGGCUGGAUGAGCAUGAGCCGUAACUGGGGUCAAAACUGGCAGUCAAACGCCGUGUUAGUGGGGCAGGCCCUUUCAUUUAGAGUCACAGGCAGUGACAGAAGGACUUCCACCACCUACAACGUGGCACCCCCUAAUUGGCAGUUCGGGCAGACCUUCAUCGGCAAGAAUUUUAGGGUUUGAGAAAGACGAGAGAGGUUGACGUGGCAAUACAUGAUUGGAGGACUCCGGGUUAGUAAAUAUCAGAGGAAGAAGGAAGCAAGAAGGCUGGGGAGGCUGAACAAAAGUGUGGCCCACAGUUCUAAAUUAUAUAUCAUAAUAUUUUCAAUUAUAUAAUUUAAUGUUGCCGUUGUUAUAAUUAUGUACUACAAUUUCCAACUGGGAAGUGUAUUUUGGACACUUUUUUUAAAAAAA